UCCCUGAGCCGCGCCAUGGAGCCCACCGCGGCUGGGCCUUCGCCGGCACCGUCCCCCUGCGCCUCCCCCCGUGCCUCCCCCCGCAAUUCCCCCGUCCUCUUCAGGAAGCUCCUGAUGAACCAGAGCAUCCGCCUGCAGCGGCGUUUCACCGUGGCGCAUCCCCUCUGCUUUGACCUGGAGAAUGGCCCCCCAGGCCGGGGUGUGCUGGACCCCCAGGCCAGCCCGGGUGCGGGGCUGGUCCUACAAGGCACCUUCUCGCAUGGCCAGCGCCGCGAGUCCUUCCUCUACCGCUCCGACAGCGACUACGACCUGUCCCCAAAGGCCAUGUCCCGCAACUCCUCCAUUGCUAGUGACCUCCAUGGAGAAGACAUGAUUGUCACGCCAUUCGCACAGGUCCUGGCCAGUCUCCGCACCGUCCGCAGCAACCUGACCCAUCUCCAAGACCGCACCGGCAUCAAGCGAGCGUCCAGCAGCAGCCUGCCCUCCGGGAGCAAGGCCGGGCUCGCCGAAGAUGCUCAGCAGAAGCUCUCACGGGAGACACUGGAGGAGCUGGACUGGUGCCUGGACCAGCUGGAAACACUGCAGACCAGGCACUCAGUCAGUGAAAUGGCCUCCAACAAGUUCAAGAGGAUGCUGAACCGGGAGCUGACGCACCUCUCGGAGACCAGCCGCUCAGGGAACCAGGUUUCUGAGUACAUCUCCAGCACCUUUCUGGACAAGCAGCACGAGGUGGAGAUCCCCUCAGCGCUGGCCAAGGACAAGGAGAAGGAGCGGAGGAAGCGUCCCAUGUCGCAGAUCAGCGGCGUCAGGAAGCUCAGGCACGGCUCCAGCCUGGCCGCCGCUGGCAUCCCUCGCUUCGGCGUGCGCACGGACCAGGAGGAGCUGCUGGCCAAGGAGCUGGAGGACACCAACAAGUGGGGUCUCAACGUGUUUAAAGUGGCCGAGUACUCUGGAAACCGCCCGCUGACCGUCCUCAUGUACAGCAUCUUCCAGGAGCGGGACCUGAUGAAGACCUUCCACAUCCCCGUCAACACCUUCAUCACCUACAUGCUGACGCUGGAGGAUCACUACCACGCCGACGUGGCCUACCACAACAGCAUCCACGCCGCCGACGUGGCACAGUCCACCCACGUGCUCCUGUCCACGCCGGCGCUGGAGGCUGUUUUCACGGAUCUGGAGAUCAUGGCUGCCAUCUUUGCCAGUGCCAUCCAUGAUGUUGACCACCCUGGGGUCUCCAACCAGUUCCUCAUCAACACUAACUCAGAGCUGGCGCUGAUGUACAACGAUGCCUCGGUGCUGGAGAAUCACCACCUGGCUGUGGGCUUCAAGCUUCUCCAGGAGGAGAACUGCGACAUCUUCCAAAACCUGAGCAAGAAACAGAGGCAGUCACUCCGUAAAAUGGUCAUUGACAUGGUGUUGGCCACGGACAUGUCCAAGCACAUGAACCUGCUGGCGGAUUUGAAAACCAUGGUGGAGACCAAGAAGGUGACCAGCCUGGGGGUGCUGCUGCUGGACAACUACUCUGACCGGAUCCAGGUCCUGCAGAACAUGGUGCAUUGUGCUGACCUCAGCAACCCCACAAAGCCGCUGGAGCUGUACCGGCAGUGGACUGACCGCAUCAUGGUGGAGUUCUUCUGCCAAGGCGACCGGGAGCGGGAGAAGGGGAUGGAGAUCAGCCCCAUGUGCGACAAGCACACGGCCUCUGUGGAGAAGUCCCAGGUGGGUUUCAUCGACUUCAUCGCCCACCCGCUGUGGGAGACGUGGGCGGACCUGGUGCACCCCGAUGCCCAGGAGCUCCUGGACACGCUGGAGGACAACCGGGAGUGGUACCAGAGCAUGAUCCCACGCAGCCCAUCCCCACCGCCCGAGGCACCCGCCGACAAGUUCCAGCUCGAGCUGACGCUGAAGGAGGAAGAGGAGGGUGAGUCGGACACGGAGCUGGAGGGGCCAGAGAGCCCCCUGGACGAGGACAACAGCGGCUCCAAGACACCGGCCACAGAUGACUCGGAGUUGGCCGACACUGAGCCCUUGUCCCCGGGCCCUGGGGAGCAGGACUCACCCAGCACCCGCUCCGGGGACGUGGACAACCGGCAGGCGCUGGAGGGGACGCUGCCCAAGGACGGUGGCGGCGGCAGGCGCUCGGGGCCGGGCCCCACGGGCAGCCAGGGGCUGUGCCUGGACAUGGAGGGCAACGUCACAUUCCUGCCCCUGGGCACGUAGCGGCACCGGCCCCUGGGUCCCGUGGCUGCUGUGGGACGGGGCUGCCCCGGCCAGGGGAGAGCACCGGCACCGCAGCGACCGGGCAGCCACCGGCACGCAGAGGCACCCAAAAUGUGUCUCUGUGUGGGAGCUGGGCAGGUCCUGAGGGCCACGAGGACUCUCCGUCCCCUCCUGGGAAAGGUCCCUGUCCUCCUCAGACAGAGCCUGGGGACGCUGUGCUCCUGCCCCAGCCCAGCCCUGGGGACAUCACACCCCACAGGGCUGAUGGAGAUCAGAGAUCAGAGAAGAGACCCUCCUCCAGGGUCAAGCACAGCUGAAAGCAAUUUGGUGUCUCUCUCGGUGCCCCCAUGGUGGGACGAGGCGGGCAAAGGGCUGUGGUGCCAUGCCCCAGCACCAGGGAUGGCUGCAGGGCACGGCACGGGCACGAGUCCGUGGUUUAUUUAUUUAGGGACAGAUUCACUUUGUAAAGCCUUUUGUAGCUCACUUUUUACUCCACGCCUCACCCGGGCGCACUCACACGCGUUGCUGCCGCAGGAGGACGCGUUGCUGCCCCUGACCCUCACUCCAAAUGCUGCCUUUGUUCUUUGCACUUUGGGUCCCGUCGGGAGCUGCGACCCCCAUCCCUCCCCGUGCCUCUGCAGGGGCCGGGGCAGCCCCCGGGGCUCCUUUGGGUUUCUUCCUUCACCU